AUAUGACCACAGCAGCGCAGUGAGAUGUCCGCGCCAGCUUUAAUUCUCCUAAGUUUAUUAAUAUGUUAUUCUUUGGCAGAGACGAUUUCAAAUGUUUCACCUCCAAACAUUAUCAUAAUGCUUAUGGAUGACAUGGGUUGGGGGGACUUGGGGGUGUUGGGUCAGCCCUCCAAAGAGACCCCCAAUCUGGACGCGAUGGCAGCUCAGGGCAUGCUCUUCACCAACUUCUACACAGCCAACCCACUGUGUUCCCCAUCCAGAGCUGCUCUUCUCACCGGGAGGCUGCCGGUCAGAAAUGGUUUCUACACCACCAACGCUCACGCCAGAAACGCAUAUACACCCCAGGAGAUAGUGGGGGGAAUCUCCAAAGAUGAGAUCUUGUUGCCUCAGUUGCUGAAGAAAAAAGGUUAUGUCAGCAAGAUAGUCGGCAAGUGGCAUCUGGGCCACCGACCACAGUACCUUCCUCUAGAAAAUGGUUUUGAUGAGUGGUUUGGUUCACCAAACUGCCACUUUGGUCCCUACGACGYCAUCAGCAGACCCAACAUCCCCGUUUACAACAACUCUGAGAUGCUUGGAAGGUACUUUGAGGACUUCAAGAUCAACCAGAACACGGGAGAAUCAAACCUCACACACAUGUAUUUAAUGGAAGGUCUAGAUUUCAUCCUUCGCCAGGCCAAAGCCAAACAGCCCUUCUUCCUCUACUGGGCAGCCGAUGCCACCCACGCCCCCGUUUACGCCUCCAAACAAUUCUUAGGGAAGAGCCAGCGAGGCCGUUAUGGAGACGCUGUGAUGGAGCUGGACUUCAGCGUGGGUCAGAUCCUAAAAACGCUUCAGAGUCUGGGAAUAGAAAAGAACACAUUUGUCUUCUUUACUUCGGACAACGGAGCAGCUCUAAUGUCUGGUCCAAAAGCAAGUGGCAGCAACGGGCCCUUCCUCUGUGGGAAGGAGACCACAUUUGAGGGGGGCAUGAGGGAGCCCGCCAUAGCCUGGUGGCCUGGCAACAUCCAGGAAGGGAUG